GGAAAUGUUUGUUGAUCAACUAAUGAUUUUCUAGAAGCGAAAUUUAUUCUUAGACGUAAACCUUGCAGGCCAAUCUACCUUGUGAUUUUGUUGAGUUUUUGAAGAUAAUAUGUUUAGAUUAGAAGAAAUAACAACAUUUACUGGUCACAAUGAAGCAGUAUGGUGUGUAGCCUGGAGUCCAUCAGGUUCUCUCUUAGCAUCAUGUAGUGGUGAUAAAACUAUUAGAAUAUGGGGUAAGGAAGAUGAAAAGUGGGUGUGUAAAACUGUAUUAACAGAUGGUCAUUCUAGAACUAUACGUUAUAUCUCCUGGUCACCUUGUGGUCAAUAUCUAGCCAGUGCCAGUUUUGAUGCUACAGUCGUUAUAUGGAGUAGAAAAGAUGGUGUAUUUGAGAGUAUAGCUACAUUAGAGGGACACGAGAACGAAGUAAAAGCUGUGAACUGGUCAAGUUCUGGUAGUUUAAUAGCUACCUGUAGUCGAGAUAAAAGCGUCUGGAUUUGGGAAGUUACAGAAGAUGAAGAAUAUGAAUGUGCCAGUGUUAUGUCAUCACAUUCUCAAGAUGUUAAACAUGUAACUUGGCAUCCUCAUAAAGAAAUCCUGGCAUCCUGUAGUUAUGAUGAUACAAUCAAACUUUAUAAAGAGGACAAUGAUGACUGGACUUGUUUUGAUACAUUAACAUCCCAUGAUUCAACAGUAUGGAAAAUUUGUUUUGACCAAUCAGGUAGUAGAUUAGCAUCAUGUGGUGAUGAUCAAACUGUGAAAAUUUGGCAAGAAUAUGUACCGGGGAAUGAGGAAGGAGUUCUAACGAAGGGAAACGACUCUGUAUGGAAAUGUGUGUGUACAUUAAGUGGAUAUCAUGAGAGAUCUAUAUAUGAUAUCUGUUGGAAUGUUGAAACUGGACAUCUAGUCACAGCUUGUGGUGAUGAUGCUAUCCGCAUCUUUGCAGAAGACUCAUGUUCUAGUAAAAAUGAACCUAAAUUUAACCUAGUUACAACUGUAACCCAUGCACAUGCCCAAGAUGUUAAUGCUGUUGCUUGGAAUCCUAAAAUUCCUACUCUGUUGGCAUCUUGUAGUGAUGAUACAACUAUCAAGUUGUGGAGAAUCAUUGAAUAAACACAUUAAAUAUUUU